AUGUCUGCUCAAAUUCUAAAAUCAAUUGCUUCCCGUAGAACUAUCUAUGCUCUAAAACCAGAAUUACCAACCGAACUUUCUAUUAAAAAUGUCCAAGCUACUGUUCAAUCCAUUAUCAAGGAUGUUCCAACCGCUUUCAACUCCCAAGGUAACCGUGCUGUCAUUUUAACCGGUGCUACCCAUAAAGCUGUAUGGGAUUCUGUAGCUAACGCUAUCGAUUCUCCAGCUGGUAAGAAGAGACCUGAAUCUGUUAGGGAUGAAGCCGCUGGUUCAGUUAUCUUUUUCACAGAUGACAAAGUCACUGAAGGUCUACAAGAAAACUUCCCUGCCUUUGCUUCUGCUUUCCCAGAUUUUGCUAACCACUCUUCUGGUGCUGCUCAAAUUGACUCAUGGACUGCCUUGGAGGCUUCUGGUCUAGGUGCUCAUUUACAACAUUAUAACGGUUAUGUAAAAGCUGCAUUAGGCUCAAAAAUUCCUGAAAAUUGGACUGUUCAAGCUCAAUUAUGUUUUGGUACCCCAGCUGCCCCAGCUGGUGAAAAAACUUAUAUCGAAAAUCCUGUUGAUAUUUUGGAAUAA